UUUUGUUCAAAGUGUAUUUUAUUUUAAAUAAAUGUCAUGUACGUCUGGGCGGUAUGUUUCGUAGAUCGGAAACCGUAGGGUGGGGAUGGUGGAAUGGAAAUGAUAUUAAAUCCCGACAGACGGGCUCUUUGUGGUUUUACGUAGAGAGGUAUCAUGCGUGUCAGUCAUACUCAUACCAGUUGUUUGAUUUUGUUUUUCACGUGGUCACUUCUCACAGUGGUGUAUAAGUAUGGAAUUUACUAGAAUUGUCAUCGAAUUUAUUAUAUUAGCAAACACAGUCAUUACGUUCGUUUCUUCCGAAUCGUUGGAUUGCGAACCGCGACCACGACCAGGUAGCGGGCAAGCGAUUUUCACGGCAUCCAAAAAUUGGAGAAGGGCUGUGGAGGUGUACCAGUGCGAUGCUGGGUACGUUCUGACAGGUCAAACAAAGCACACGUGUAUCGAAGGAGAAUGGUCCGGACAUGUGCCGUCGUGUACACGGCCUACUAGUUCCGGUCACAACAACAAUAUUUUCAGUUCGGCACAAGGUUGGUUUCCGUUCAGACGUAUAUUGAAACUAGACACAAACAGGAAAAUUCAGGAUACCGAAAAGCGGUUAAAAAAUAAAUCUGUAGAUAUUGAGACACCUGUAACACUUCAGCAGACAUCAGGACUUAGUACAUUUCAACUUCCGAAACAUAUGAUUAGAGACUCGGCUAAGGAAUAUUCAGUAGGAGACUAUGACUUGAGCUGUUUGUUUAGAAAACGACACGGCAAAAUUUUUUUGAGGGCACCUAAGUUACCAUUUGCACAUGUGGUGAAGUAUUCCAAGAAUAAAAAUACUUUAGAUCCAAAAAACAAAUAUUUAGAAGCGAUUUACCAUUGUAUCAAAGGGCAUGUGUUCGAAAACCCUUCACAUACCAAGCUUUAUUGCAGUAAUGGACAUUGGGUUGGUGUAAAACCACUAUGUGUUCCCAAAACGACACCGAUGACUAUGUACCAAAUGGAAUGUUAUAUUAAGUGUCCACCGGACAAGAACGUAAGUUUAGCUGAAGGUGAAAAAUUUAUAAAUUUCGAAGUGGAACAACCAAACACGAAUUACGAUUGGAACAGGUUCGGUACAUUGAGUUCCGGUUGGUCUAAAAAUUCAUCGAGAACUUUGGUACCGGGUUUGUACAUAAUCACCUACACGGUACGAGAUGAUGAAGACACGGAUAUUGCAUCAUGUAGGACUACUGUACGAGUGACGGAUGACGAAGUUCCGUCUGUACAAGAUUGUCCUUUAUAUUUGGAGGUAAUAGGGGACUUUUCGAAAAAGAACACUGUUUCUGUAUCAUGGCCGGAACCUCGGUUUUUGGACAACAUAGGCGUAUCACAAGUGGCAAAAACGAUGGAACCAGGUCAGCUUAUGGGCCCGGGACUGUAUAAUGUAUUGUACAUGGCUAUGGAUGCAUCAAAAAAUGAGGCUACAUGUAAUUUCACUAUUGAAGUUAAAGAUCGGGCAGUAAUUGAAAUUGAAAACGGUAAACCAAAAGAAACGUUGAAUAGAGUCAUUUGAAAGAGCGAUGUAUAAAAAAUAAUAUGUUUAACUAUUAUCAUUGAUUUUAAAUACUAUUUAUUUUAUAAUCAAUGCUAUUAUUAAUUUUUACCAUAACCAUUAUUCGUAUGUUAAAGUAAGAGAUUGUUUGAUGAGAUAAAUAUUUUUAUACUAAUAAAUAAAUAUUUUAUUUUAUA